AUGCCGCCCAUGAUCCCCUCGCGCGGCGGCCCAAGCGGCGGCAAACGCGGUACUGCGUCGAGGAUGCCUACGGGAGGAAAAAGCAAGACCAUUCUUCACGGUGCGGCAGGCGCUAAGCGGCACCGCCGUCUCGCCCGUCGUGGUGGUGUCAAGCGUAUCUCCGCCAUGAUAUAUGAUGAUGCACGAUCCGCGCUUAAGGCCUGGCUGGAAGCCGUUCUCAAGGACUGCAUUACCUACACCGAGCAUCGCGGCGCCAAGACCGUCACCGUCUACGACGUCCUUCACGCUCUUCGACGCAGAGGCACGCCGAUAUACGGCUUCGACCCUGACACGUAUGUUGACCCGAAGACCCGCAAGGCGGCUGCGGCGGUGAACAACGACUGA